CGCGUGGGGGGGCGGGGGGGACCUCGGCCUGCAGCGUCCGCCGGCCCGAACCUCAGACCCCCCCCGGCGGGGGGAGGCGCAGGAAGGGGGGGCCGGCCAGGGCCAGGCUGGGGAGGGGGGGCCGCGCAGCCCCCCUGGGCCAGGCUGACUCCUGGGGCCUGACCCCCCCGGGCCAGCCCCCCCUCCCCCAGCUCCGCGGCCCGCCGACUGGGGGGGCCCAGCCCAGCCCCCUGGGGACCCCCGGAGAAGUGGGGGGCAGCCGGGGGGGCCGGGACAGAGCGGUCGCCGGCCCCCACCGGAGGGACGGGGCUGCUGGCCGCAGGGGGGGCGGCCGGGGGACCGGUCGGGCCGGGACUAAGGGCACCAUGUCGUCGGGAGCCAAGGAGGGGGGCGGGGGCUCCCCCGCCUAUCACCUCCCGCACCCGCACCCGCAGCCACCCCAGCACGCCCAAUAUGUGGGGCCCUACCGGCUGGAAAAGACGCUGGGCAAAGGGCAGACAGGGCUGGUGAAACUUGGAGUCCACUGCAUCACUGGCCAGAAGGUCGCCAUCAAGAUCGUGAACCGGGAGAAGCUGUCGGAGUCAGUGCUGAUGAAGGUGGAACGGGAGAUUGCUAUCCUGAAGCUCAUCGAACACCCACAUGUCCUCAAGUUGCAUGACGUCUACGAGAACAAGAAAUAUUUGUACCUGGUUCUGGAGCACGUCUCCGGAGGCGAGUUGUUUGACUACUUGGUGAAGAAGGGCAGGCUGACACCCAAGGAGGCCCGGAAGUUCUUCCGCCAGAUCGUGUCGGCGCUGGACUUUUGUCAUAGCUAUUCAAUCUGCCACAGGGACCUGAAGCCGGAGAACCUCCUCCUGGACGAGAAAAACAACAUCCGCAUUGCUGACUUUGGCAUGGCGUCUCUGCAGGUGGGGGACAGCCUGCUGGAGACCAGCUGUGGGUCUCCACACUACGCGUGUCCAGAGGUGAUCAAGGGCGAGAAGUACGAUGGGCGCCGGGCUGACAUGUGGAGCUGCGGUGUCAUCCUCUUUGCGCUGCUUGUGGGGGCCCUGCCCUUUGAUGAUGACAACCUGCGCCAGCUGCUGGAGAAGGUGAAAAGGGGCGUCUUCCAUAUGCCCCACUUCAUCCCUCCAGACUGCCAGAGCCUGCUCAGGGGCAUGAUCGAAGUGGAACCCGAGAAAAGGCUCAGCCUGGAGCAAAUUCAGAAACAUCCCUGGUACCUGGGAGGGAAGCACGAGCCGGAGCCCUGCCUGGAGCCAGCCCCGGGCCGCCGGGUGGCCAUGCGGAGCCUGCCGUCCAACGGAGAGCUGGACCCCGACGUCCUGGAGAGCAUGGCCUCGCUCGGCUGCUUCAGAGACCGCGAGCGGCUGCACCGCGAGCUGCGCAGUGAAGAGGAGAACCAAGAAAAGAUGAUAUACUACCUGCUUUUGGAUCGGAAGGAGCGGUACCCCAGCUGUGAGGACCAGGACCUGCCCCCCCGCAACGAUGUCGACCCACCCCGGAAGCGCGUGGACUCCCCCAUGCUGAGCCGUCAUGGAAAGCGGAGACCAGAACGCAAGUCCAUGGAAGUCCUGAGCAUCACGGAUGCAGGGGGUGGAGGUUCUCCAGUACCCACGAGACGGGCAUUGGAGAUGGCCCAGCACAGCCAGAGAUCCCGCAGUGUCAGCGGAGCCUCGACGGGUUUGUCCUCCAGUCCCCUGAGCAGCCCAAGGAGUCCCGUCUUUUCCUUCUCACCAGAGCCUGGCGCUGGAGAUGAGGCUCGGGGGGGCUCUCCGACCUCCAAAACGCAGACGCUGCCUUCUCGGGGUCCCAGGGGUGGGGGAGGCGGGGAGCAACCUCCGCCCCCCAGCGCCCGUUCCACACCCCUGCCUGGUCCCCCAGGCUCUCCGCGCUCCUCUGGCGGAACCCCGUUGCACUCUCCUCUGCACACGCCCAGGGCCAGCCCUACUGGGACCCCAGGGACAACACCGCCCCCCAGCCCUGGGGGUGGUGUUGGGGGAGCUGCCUGGAGGAGUCGUCUCAACUCCAUCCGCAACAGCUUCCUGGGCUCCCCUCGCUUUCACCGCCGCAAGAUGCAGGUCCCCACCGCAGAGGAGAUGUCCAGUUUGACGCCAGAGUCCUCCCCGGAGCUGGCAAAACGCUCCUGGUUCGGAAAUUUCAUCUCCUUGGACAAAGAAGAACAAAUAUUCCUCGUGCUCAAGGACAAACCUCUCAGCAGCAUCAAAGCGGACAUUGUCCAUGCCUUCCUGUCGAUCCCCAGCCUGAGUCACAGUGUGCUGUCACAGACCAGCUUCAGGGCCGAGUACAAGGCCAGUGGUGGCCCCUCCGUCUUCCAGAAGCCUGUCCGCUUCCAGGUGGACAUCAGCUCCUCUGAGGGCCCAGAGCCGUCCCCUCGACGGGAUGGUGGCAGCGGCAGUGGCAUCUACUCUGUCACCUUCACGCUCAUCUCCGGCCCCAGCCGGCGGUUCAAGCGCGUGGUGGAGACAAUCCAGGCCCAGCUGCUGAGCACACAUGACCAGCCCUCCGUGCAGGCCCUGGCAGACGAGAAGAACGGGGUGCAGACCCGGCCUACGGGUACCCCACCUCGAAGCCUGCAACCCCCACCUGGCCGUCCAGACCCAGAGCUGACCAGUUCUCCUCGACGAGGCCCCCCCAAGGACAAGAAGCUCCUGGCCACCAAUGGGACCCCUUUGCCCUGACCCCAGGGGGCCAGGGAAGGAGGGGAGCCCCCACCCCCCUUCCCUGCCCCCCAACUGUGAAUCUGUAAAUAGGGCCCAAGGAAUAGGUGGGGUGGGGGGUAGACACAAAAUCCCAGCCUUGCCUUGCAGGGUUGGGGCUCUGGGGGUGCCCAUGGGGGUGGUUCUAGGGUGACUGGGGGCGGGGAACUGUUUCUAUUUUAUUUAUUGAUUAAUUUAUUAUUUUAUUUAUUGAUCAGUCUCUGCGGGGUAGGGUGGGGGAGGGACGGGGCUGGUCGGGGUGGCUUAGCAGAUCCGACGGACAGGGCCUUGUGGCCCUGUGUCAUCCCAAACCCCUUCCUGGACCAUCCUGGUCCUUCCUGACCCCACCCUAUGCCCUUCUGUACGGAUUUGCUCUCCGGAAGGAAUUCUGGUUUCGCGUGAUUCUGCCUGCGUCCGUGUCUCUGAUUCCGUCGGCGGCCAAAAAAAAAAAAAAAAGAAUAAUAAUAAAUAGCCUUGAUCAGGGA